GACCUGCCAUGCACCUCCACUUCGCCAUCAAGCAAGGCACGUGAUCAAGAGAUCAACAAGCACGGUACACCAGAAGAGCGUGAGCAGCUCCGAAGGUCGAAGCGGGAGAGAAGAAGGGCCGCCCGAUUCAGCGGUCCAGAAUGGACGGCCUGAUGCAACGGUUGGGCAAAGCGCACACACGACUAUGUCCUCGUUUUAUUUGGCCUGCGAGCCCCUGGGUCAUGGCUUUUGGAAGCCUUGUAUCGGAAGAAAACUCUGAGAUCUCCCCCUGCUUCUCUUCCUCAACCUCCUGCUUCUAAUCCUCCCUCUUGCUUUGGAUUAUUUCCAUUUGUAUCCCAGAUAAUUGAUACUACUGAGCAUGUGAAUUCGAGAGAAUAGAUCAGGGUACAUAACAUUUGGUAUCAGAUUCCAGCAGGUUUCCCUGCGAUUUGGCCGGUUCCUCGAGUUCGGAUCACGAUCCAUCUGGAUCCUCAUCGUUUGGGCGUGGAUCUCUAGUAGAUCCACACAAAGUUCGCUCGCGAACGCCCGCGGUGGGUCGAUUUCGUCCUGAGCAACAGAGAUCGGCGGGUGGAGAAAAGCAGCACACCAACUGUUCGACUGUUUGCCUACGAGAGUCAAACUGGGGACGGAGAAGGCACAAACGCGGUGGGAUACGUCUGGCCGCAUCGACACCAUGGAGGGCAAGAUGGACGCGUUGAUGAAGAUGAUCCAGGACUCGGAGGCUCGCAUGUCGCGAGAGAUGGGGUCUAUCAAGCUCGCCGUCGACGACAUCAAGCCCGACAUCAUCACGCUCCAAGGCUCGGUGUCACGGUUACAACCGGAGAUGGAACAAAUCAAGGCCACCUUCGAGGCUUGGCGGCCAGAAAUGGAAGCCAAGGUUGUUGGCCUAGGCGACGCAGUGAAGGACCUGCGUCGGCAGGUGGAUCACAUCGCGAAGGGAGUGGGAGCUGGUGCGCUGGGAAGGCCUCCUUCAGCCGCCCCUCCAUCGAUGAGCCCAUCUCCAUCGAGCGCGCCUUCAGGCGCACACUCCGGGCAACUCGGCCUCGGCAAGGAACAUCUCACCGGGGUUGUGGUGGUGACGGAUUCGCCUCCGUCAUUACCAACCCCGGUCACAGGUCAGACCACAAACCUGUCUAUGGUCCCAUUUGAUCCUGGUGCUAGUGCUACUCGUGUUCCGUUGGGGAAUCCUCCACCGCACUCAGAUUUUCCAAAGUUUGAUGGCGAUAAUCCGCGUUUGUGGAAGAAGGCUUGUGAAAAGUAUUUCAGGGUCUAUUCUGUCAGUACUGAAUUUUGGGUAGAGCACGCUACAAUGCACUUCACUGGUAAUGCUGCGCUUUGGUUCCAGAGCGCAGAGGAUAAAAUUGGAGAAGUAACUUGGUCUGAGUUGUGUGAAAUCAUAUAUACUCGAUUUGAUCGUGGGCAAUACCAGAUGUUGUACCGACAAGCCUUUAAAAUUAGACAAAUAGGUUCUGUAUCUGAUUACAUCGAGCGUUUUGAUACUCUCAUGCACCACAUGUUAGCCUAUAAACCAGAUUUAGACCCUACUUUCUUUACUACCCGCUUUAUUGAUGGUCUGCAUAAUGAAAUUAAAGUUGUUGUUCUUAUACAACAACCACAAAGCUUGGAGACUGCUGUUUCUCUCGCACUGUUGCAGGAGGAGAUUCGAGACGAAUGUUACCAGCCCAGUUCGAGCAGCAAGUCUGUAUCAUUUGUGCGCGUCAACUCUAAAGCGCUGGCACCUUUAUCAACAGUCAACACUAGCAAUUUCAAACAAAGAGUGUUGAACCCAGGAGAUGAUAAAAAGGGGCAUGAACAAUCUAGGCAGGCUACUGGCUCUCAGAAAUUCGCUGCUCUAAUGAAUUACAGAAGAGCAAUGAAUUUAUGCUUCAAAUGUGGGGAGAAAUACAGCCCACAACAUCAGUGUGCAGCCACUGUGCAGUUGCAUCUCGUGGAGGAACUCUUGGAGAUGCUUGAAGGACCAGAGAGCCCUGAUUCCUAUACAACAGCAACUGAAGGUGAGGAUGAAACGGACCAAGAACUCCAUGCCUUAUCUCAGCAGGCGAUGGGUGGGACAGAAAACAGUACAUGUUUCAGAUUGCAGGGUGUCAUCCAGGGGCAGGAAGUACUGAUGUUGAUUGAUUCAGGCUCAACGGGAAAUUUUAUCAGCGACUCUCUUGCAUCACUCUUGCAAGGUGUGCAACCCAUGCAUAGCCCUGUCCGUGUGAAGGUGGCCAAUGGAGAAAUUUUAACAGGCACCUCUCUUAUUCCUAAUUGUGAGUGGCACUGUCAGGGAGCAACUUUCAACACCACCAUGAAAGUGAUACCGUUACAAUGCUAUGAUGUAAUCCUAGGUAUUGAUUGGUUGAAGGCACAGAGCCCCAUGGAGGUGGACUGGAACUGCAAGUGGAUAGCAGUGAAACAAGGGGAGCUCAAGAAAAGGUUAUUUGGUGUAACAGCUGAUACAUCGUCUUGUAACAUCAUUUCACUUUCAGAUUUGGCAAUAGCAGAAGAAGCUGGUGGAAUAUUAUUCAUUCUGCAAGUGUCUGCUGGGGAACCAAAACAGUCCAAUGAAAUGCCUCGGGAGAUUCAGCUGCUGGUGCAAGAAUAUGCCGAAUUGUUCACUGAACCCAAAGGACUCCCGCCAAAACGUUUAUGCGAUCACAAAAUUCCACUGUUACCGGGCGCUACUCCGGCAAAAUUAAGACCUUACCGGUACAACCCUAUGCAAAAAACAGAAAUUGAGAAUCAAAUCAAAGAACUCAUGAAGCAGGGAAUAUUGCAACUCAGCGCUAGUCCUUUUGCAGCUCCAGCAUUGUUGGUGAAGAAAAAGGAUUUAUCAUGGAGGUUGUGCCAAGACUUCAGGCACCUAAACGCCAUGACGGUGAAGAACAAAUAUCCUUUGCCCGUGAUUGAUGAGCUUCUCGAUGAGUUGUCAGGCGCUAAAUGGUUCACCACCUUGGACCUUAGAGCUGGUUACCAUCAAAUUCGAAUGGCCGAGGAAGACAUACCCAAAACAGCAUUCCAAACCCAUCACGGCCACUUCGAGUAUAAAGUGAUGCCGUAUGGUUUAACUGGCGCUCCAGCAACAUUUCAGGGAGUGAUGAACACUGUGUUGGCCCCUGGACUGAGAAAGUUUGUUUUAGUCUUUAUAGAUGACAUUCUUAUCUACAGUCCUUCCUUGCAGUCCCAUGUCACACACCUCAAAGAAGUUUUCGAUCUAUUGAAACAGAAUCAACUCAAGGUGAAGCAGAGCAAGUGUUGUUUUGCGCAACCCAAGCUGGCUUAUUUAGGCCAUAUCAUCAGUGCCGCAGGAGUCGCAACAGAUCCUGACAAGAUUGCACCAAUUGUCAAAUGGCAAUCUCCUCAAAAUGUUAAACAACUCAGAAGUUUCUUGGGGAUGGCAGGUUAUUACAGGAAGUUCGUCAAGGGUUAUGGAGUUAUUAGUAAAUCUUUGACUGAGCUGCUCAGAAAAGGUGUGCAAUAUAUUUGGACUCCUGAAACAGAAGCUUCGUUCCAAGCAUUGAAAACAGCUUUGAUAUCUGCCCCAGUCCUAGCCCUUCCCGAUUUCAACAAAAGAUUUACAGUUGAAACGGAUGCUAGUGAUAAAGGUAUUGGCGCAGUUCUAUUACAAGAGGAUCACCCGUUGGCUUUCUUAAGCAAAUCAUUGGGCCCUAAACAACAAAGUCUAUCCACAUACGAAAAAGAGUGCUUGGCCAUAUUAUUAGCAGUGGAUAAGUGGAGGUCUUACCUUCAACACGCUGAGUUCCAUAUCAGAACAGAUCAGCGCAGUUUGGUAAACCUGACAGAGCAACGUUUAACUACACCCUGGCAACACAAGGCGUUGACGAAGCUGUUGGGAUUACAAUUCAAAAUCAUCUACAAGAAAGGGCUAGAAAAUAAGGUAGCUGAUGCUCUGUCUCGGCAUCCCUCUUUUCCAUUGAUGUCAAUUGUGGAAUGCAAACCAACCUGGCUUGAGGAAGUAAUUCAGAGUUACUCUUGUGAUGAACAAGCUCAGAAACUCCUCACAAAAAUGGCAGUCCAGCCUAACUUUGAACACUUUUCCCUGCGUGACGGUAUUAUCCGAUACAAGAAGAGGGUUUGGAUUGGAAACAAUGCAAAAAUGCAUGCCAAAAUUACUCAGGCUUUACAUGACAGCGCAAUAGGAGGGCACUCAGGAUUUUACGCUACAUAUCAUCGUAUCAAAAACCUGUUUUCCUGGCCCGGAAUGAAGACGUUUGUCCAAAACUGGGUUCGUAGUUGUACUAUAUGCCAACAAGCAAAAUCAGAACGAGUGGCAUAUCCCGGUCUCUUACAACCAUUGAAAAUUCCAGCUGGGGCUUGGGAAGUUGUCACAAUGGAUUUUGUUGAUGGUCUGCCCAAAUCAGCGGGGUUCAACUGUAUUAUGGUGGUGGUCGAUAAAUUCUCACGGUAUGCUCACUUUGUGCCAUUGGCGCACCCGUAUACAGCUCUCUCUGUGGCCAAAGCAUACAUGAAAGAUGUAUUCAAACUACACUCAAUGCCAUCUGCCAUCGUCUCUGACAGAGACCCGGUAUUCACAAGUAAAAUUUGGCAAGAACUGUUUCGGUUAUCGGAUACCCAGCUGUGCAUGAGCUCUGCAAGACACCCACAGUCAGAUGGGCAAACCGAGCGGGUUAAUCAGUGUCUGGAGGGUUACCUUAGAUGCUUCGUUCAUUCUUGUCAAUCCAAAUGGGUGCAGUGGUUGCACCUAGCAGAGCUCUGGUACAACACGAGUUAUCAUUCCAGCCUCAAGAAAACUCCGUUUGAAGUUCUUUAUGGGCAUGCUCCUAGGUAUUUUGGCAUUGACAGAGUGGAGUCCUGCGCUAUACCUCAGCUUGAAGAAUGGUUAAAGGAGAGAGACACAAUGACUAAACUCCUACAACAGCACUUGGAACGGGUUCAACAACGUAUGAAAUCUCAAGCUGAUAAAGGUCGCACUGAGAGAGUGUUUGAGGCAGGAGACAAAGUGUUUCUGAAACUGCAACCAUAUCUACAGUCCUCAGUGGCGUUCAGAGCUAAUCACAAACUCGCUUUCAAGUUCUAUGGGCCCUUUGAGAUUGAGCAAAAAGUGGGGACAGUUGCUUACAAGCUCAAACUACCAGCAAACAGUCUGAUACACCCGGUGAUACAUGUCUCUCAACUGAAGAAAUGUGUUCCUUCUAACCGUGUUGAAGCUGCAGAGUUGCCUGAUGAACCUCCGGACUUCCAGGAACCUGAGAAGAUUCUUGCGCGCCGCAGCAGAUCGCUUGGCUCCUCUACGGUGCGGGAAGGGCUCAUUCGCUGGACAGGUAUGGCUGACACUUUGGCAACCUGGGAAAAUUUGCAGGAGCUGCGCCAUCGUUUUCCAUCGGCACCUGCUUGGGGACAAGCAGAGAAUAGAUCAGGGUACAUAACAGAGGCCCAGCAGCGGGAGUGCGGCGUAGUCACAGAAGGACUAGAUGCGCACAUCGUCACCCUGCUCUCCUGCGUCCACUCCGUCCUCCCCUCUCCGCCCGUCGUCUCCGGCCACGACGCCCUUCUCCCCCCACCCGAGGACGGCGUCGACCGCAUCAGCGACCUCGCCGACAAGAUCCUCCGCGACAUCGUCUCCCGCCUCCCCGUCAAGGACGGCGCGCGCACCGCCGCGCUCUCCUGCCGCUGGCGCGGCGUCUGGCGCUCCGCCCCUCUCGUCCUCAUCGACUCCGACCUCCUCCCCGACGGAAGCGGCGAGUCGGACGCGCGCGCUGACGCGCGGCGGGUCGCGUACGCCGUCUCGGACAUCCUCGACGCUCACCCGGGCCCCUUCCGCUGCGUCCACCUCGUCUGCAGCAGCCUGGAGGAGUACCCGGACCUGCUGGCGCGGUGGCUCCAUCUCCUCGCCGUCAAGGGCGUCGGGGAGCUCGUGCUGGCCAAUCGCCCGUGGCCGCUCGACACGCCCCUCCCACCCACCGUCUUCGGCAUGGCAACCCUCACCCGCCUGUACCUUGGCGUCUUCCAGUUCCCUGACACGACCGCCAUCCGGUGCGCUGUGGCAUUCCCGCGCCUCCGCGAGCUGGGGCUCUGCUUCGUGGCCAUGCUGAGGCGGGAGGACAUGGAGUUCCUCCUUUCCAGGAGCCCUGUGCUGGAGAUCCUAUGCGUCCAAGCGAACGUUCUUGUCAAGCACCUUGAUCUCGCCAGCCGCAGCCUCCGGUGCGUGCAGAUCAUCGAAGGCAUCGAUCUCAACAUCGCAGUCAAGAAUGCACCACACCUCGAGAGGCUCAUCAUCUGGUCAUCAACAGUCCGAGAUGACUUGCCCAGGUUGGUCAAGAUUGGGCAUGCCCCCUCUCUAAGCAUACUUGGCUAUUUGGAACCGGAGCGGCACACGCUACAGGUCGGCAACACCAUCAUCAAGGCUGGGACAAGGGCGAGUCCGAACACCACAGUCCCAAGCGUCAAGAUCCUCGGCUUAAGAGUCUACUUUUCCAUCCGCAACAAUGCUAAGAUGUUGCCCAGCUUCCUCAGAUGCUUUCCCAAUGUUGAGACGCUUCAUCUUGAGUCCAGGGAGACCUAUCAGCCCACUGGCAGGCUGAGCAACAAGUUCUGGCAGGAGGUCGGUGCUAUCGAAUGUGUGCAGUCACACAUUAAGCUGAUGGUCUUUUAUGGCUUCCGAGGGGAGCGCGGCGAGCUCUCCUUCCUCAAGUUCUUCCUGGAGACUGCACGGAUGCUGACGAAGCUUGUGAUUGUGUUCAACAAGGGAAGUUUCGCUUCAGUGACCGAGGCGAACUCCAAAGUGAAACCUCUGUUUUCUACAAAAUGGGCCAGCCCAGAGUGUUCGCUGUUACUCUUGGAGAGUGCACUUCCAGCAGGUGAAGACAAGUGGUUGUUGAACUUCAAAACAGGAUCUGAUUUCUCUACAAAGGACCCGUUCACGUGUGCUGUUGCUCUUGGCGGGUGCAGUUUUUAAGGAGAAGGGCUGGUGCUUACUGCUUACUGAAGAUUAGAAAGAUGUUCUCCACCAGGGGCCUUUUUGAGUUCAUUGGGCGAUCAGCUUAUUCUAGGGAAACACAUGGUUAGUCCUCUGUUGCAGUCUCUACCUUCAGCGAAAGGCAACGUUUUGGAUCAUUGGCUUGUGUUUUUUGGUCAGACUUCCUGGUUUUAUUUGCAUGACGACCUUCAGAAAGUUGAUGCAAAAGACGAGUGUUGCUCAAAUGCACUUCUGUAUGGUUUAUCUAUUUAGCUUUGGCCUAUUGCUGAUCAUGUUAGGACUCACAAUUUCUGCUGAAUGUGUUGAGCGAUGCUGGCAGACAGAUA